ACCUGUGAGGGCCUAAAGCGGCGCCAGAGCGCAGGUAGAGCACAGGUCCGUAAACGCAGGGCCAGGCAGUGGCAGGAAUGAAUCGGGAAGAGAGCUACUACUCGGCCGGCCAAAUCUACAAAGAUUCCUGCGCCUACCAGAGGCCUCAUACGGAGGACUACAGCCAGAGCCCCCCGCCGUGCCUCUACAUGGGCAGACAGGGACAGACCCUCUACUCUUCGCCUUCCCUGGUCGUCCAGGAGCAGCAUAACAUCCCAGAUCUCUCACCCUACCUUCCCACCAGAGAAGAUCUACCGAUGGGGCACCUACACAAUGCGCAAACCCAACAGACCACCCUGCAGCCCUUUGGGGGUUACGGAGAUUCCCUGGAUCUCUGUCCAGAGCGAAACAGGUGCCAUCUUCCGUUCCCCUGGAUGAAAUCGACUAAAUCUCACACGCACGCCUGGAAAGGACAGUGGACCGGUCCGUACCCCGCGGAAGUGGAGGACAACAAGCGCACGCGGACGGCGUACACGCGCGCGCAGCUGCUGGAGCUGGAGAAGGAGUUCCUGUAUAACCGCUACAUCUCGCGGCCGCGGCGGGUGGAGCUCGCGCUCACGCUGCGCCUCACCGAGCGCCACAUUAAGAUCUGGUUCCAGAACCGCCGCAUGAAGUGGAAGAAGGAGGAGGAGCGGCGGAGGCGCGCGGACCCCGAGCAGGACGCGUCCAUCACCUCCGGGGAGCACGAGGACGAAGAGACAACAACCACGAGCACCCGCGCGCCCUCAGCUCCACGAGACCCAGCAUAAACACACACACACACACACACACACACACACACACACACACACACACACACACACACACACACACACACACACACACACUCAUCAAUUCACACAACUCAUUAAAGUGACUGGCGCCUUAACGGCGUUCCUGAUACUGUGACGAAGCUGCGCCUCUCCCAUUCGGCCACUAGGGGGCAGCACAAGCUUAAAUACAUAUACUGAAUAUACACGGAACCUCACUGUUUACUAAAAGAAACACUAGGCCAGAGGCCCAAUUGCAUACCGCUUACACCUACUAACUCAUUUGUGAGUAAUAAAUAUAUAAUAUAGAUCAGAAGUGUUAAAAUAUCCAAGAUUCAUACUGUGUCUGAAAUUAUUCUAGCCUUGGGCUAAAAUGCUAAUAGUUAACAACAACACAGACACAUGCCCAGUAAUAAGCUGUAGAUCAUUUGGCAACUUUAGGACACUGAUACAUUCAUCAGGACUCUUUCUUUACUUUUAUGUUUAAGUGUACAGCUGUUCUCCAGAUACCAUUCUUAGCACAAACAGCAAUUUCAUGGUCAGAAACUGAUCAUUCAAUUUGGAAUUUCCUGGACCUCAGUAGAUAAGUAACAAGGGACUUAUCAGGACGGGAUUGGUUUCUCAGGGGGGGCGUCUGUGAAAAAUAUUUUACACUUCUACUCAGUGAUAAAACUCUUGUAUCCGUACUGCAAUUGAAAAAACAGGAGAACCAGUGAGUUUUUUUGGCUUUCUUGGGCACGUGACAUCACGUGCAGUAGCUCCUCCAGUUCCACUUGCUGUUGUGUUUACAUGGAUCUCCGUGAAAACCCGCACCCAAAGUGUAAUUAUGGUGUGUAGCAGUGGACAAAUAGCUAUUUUAUUAAAUGCGAGGUAGUUCAGCCUGUAGUUCAGUAGGUAAUUCAGCCUGUCAUUUUCUGAGAAGACGUCUGAGAAAAACAAGUACAUGGUUGUUCCAGACAGGAAUAAAAUCACAGAGGAUCCUCCAUAAAAGAUAAAAAUACCCCAGGACCCCCUGAGAAAUUAAUCCCAUCCGGAUAGGGCUAAAUAAAGAUUUCAGAGAUUGUCUGUCAGAUAUGGUCUGUCAUGUGACCAAAAAGUUCAAAACUUAAUGUGAUUUCUUGCCAACGCACAAAUGUAUCGAAGGUGUGUUGCUAGACAGAAUACGGGUGUUAUGGGACCAUUUGUUGUGUGGUAAUAUACGUAUGUAGAGUGUACCUGCUAUAGGCAACUGUAGAAACAUUCAGUUUUCUACUAAUAUACUAUACUAUAUACUAUAAUAUACUACUAUAGUAAUACUAUACUAUAGUAACAAAAAAAUUAUUAUCUGAUGGCCCAGAACACCUGAACUUUCCUUAAUCUGGCAGAGGAUCAAUAAUGUUGACACAUUUGGGUAAACAGGCCUGCAGGUGUGGACUGGAGCAGACCACAUAAUAAGUGCAUGGUAAAGUGCAGAAUGUAAACUAAUACUCUUUCACAGACACUGUUUUAGUUGUUGCAGGUAAAAAAAAUCUGUGAAAUAAAGUGAAUAGAGAUUGUAUGAUGCUUAAAUGUUCAUUAUCAGCCCAAACGUGACUUUGCAGACAUUGCAAAUGACUGUAAAAUAUGUAUUAUUAUAUGACUGUAAAUAAAAAUCUUUUCUGUU